AUGUUUGUGACACUUUUGAUUCUAACCGUUGUUCUUGUGGGGUUGGUGGUCUUGCUCCCGUACUGGCUGAAAUUGGUCAACUAUCUGUAUGAGCCAAACCAGAAGUCCAAGGCUCGGGGACGUUCAGGGCCAUCGCAGCUCCCCCAAACGUCCGGGUAUGUUCCUCCAGAUCAACAACUUCAGCAGGAAACCAAGGCAAAAGCCACCGGCCUCAGAAAAUUCACCGCCGAUGAUGUCCCCGUCAAGUUGAAGCUUAACCACCUUCAGACGAAAAGAAGAAAGGAACGGUUAGACGUUGACCGUAACCCCAAUAACUUUGAUUACGACUUGGACGAGUUGAUAAAUGAAGUAGAUGAACCCAUAUCGAAUUCCAGAACCUCCAACGGAGAGAGUUCGGUCUUCUCCAAAGACAUAGUGUAA